CGCUCGGACCGACGGCUCCACGCUGCAGCGACACGCGACCUCUAAAUGUGAAGUAGGUUGAAAUCAAAGCGUUGUGGAGGAAACAUGUGACCGACCUUUGCUUGUAAGGAGUACUAGAGAGGCUGCAGUCAUGGGUCCAGACGCUGCGUCUGUCCCUAAAGCUGAAUCUUCUGAGGAAAGUCCUGGAGAAGUUGUCGUGAAGGAGGUCUCAGAAUCGGAUUCCAACGAUGCUUCAACCACCACUGAUCCCGAGAAACAGCCAGAGAGCAGCGCAUCAGACAAGAGCUACCCGUGCUCCGUCUGUGGCAAAUCAUUCGACCGGCCGUCGAAGCUGGAGAGGCAUAGACCGAUACACGCCAGGAAGCCCAAGACUCUUCAUCAGUGUCAGCACUGCGAGAAGAGUUUCACGCAACAAGAGAAGCUGAUCCGACAUCAGAACUGCCACAGCCGGACUAACAAGCACCCCUGUCCAGACUGCGGGAAAGUGUUCAACAGGCCGUCAAAGCUCGAGAGGCACAGGCGCACCCACUCGAAGAAACCGAAGGUGCCCCAUCAGUGCUCGUUCUGCAUGAAGACGUUCAGCAAGCUUAACAAGCUCGUCCGACACAAGCGGAUGCACACCGGGGAGAAACCCUUCACCUGCUCCGUCUGCGGGAAAGGAUUCUCCGAGUCGGGUCACUGCAAAGCGCACGAGAAGACGCACGAGGAGCAGCCGGAGAAACCGCACUGCUGCGCCGACUGCGGGAUGUGCUUCUUCAAGGCCUCGGAGCUCCGUCGGCACUUCCGCUCCCACACGGGAGAGAAACCCUUCAGGUGCACCCUUUGCGAGAGCUGCUUCUCCCGCUCCGAAGGACUCAAAAGACACAUGAGGAGCCACACGGGGGAGAGACCAUACAAGUGCAUCAUCUGCGCAAAGGGGUUUUAUUCCCGGCAGGAUUUGAAUAUUCACGGGUUGACCCACUCGGGGGAGAAACCGCACCUCUGCCCCGUGUGCGGCAAGGGCUUCUCACAGCUGGGCAACAUGAAAGAACACGAGCAGAAUGUUCACAUAAAGUCAGAGAAGUACAUCUGCAACGAAUGCGGGGCGACCUUCACGCGGUACAAGUCGCUGACAAAGCACCAGAGGACGCACACGGGAGAGAGACCCUAUCUGUGCCUCACCUGCGGUCGCAGGUUUUCAUGGAGCCAUUCUCUCAGCAGACAUCGGAGGACACACACACACAGACAGAUGUCUAUGGACGCAACGAAAGACAGAUUAGGUUUUGAAGGACCCUCGGAGAAUGCUAGCUGUUGAAAAAAAAAGAAGUGAGGACUUUACAUCGUCAAGAUAUCUUCAUGGAGCCUCAGUCGAGAUAAAAUGUAGUCAUUUGUAGUAUUUUGUAGCACAUCGAGAAGUCAUUUUGAAGCUUUGUGACCAUUCACCUCGCUUUGCUUUAUUGCUUUAUUUUGCCACAAAAUAUCAGCUAGAUAUUCUCAGUACAAUGCUUCAGAUUAGCUCUUUUAAACUCAAUAUUUCGAUUGAUCCGAGUAUUGUUCUGUUGAUUGGGUGAAAACAAAUCAUGUGGCUAAUUAAGUACACUGCUGUGUGUAGUGAAGCUCUGUUUACAUCUUCCUUUAUGACAGAUUAAGACUUGCCUUUAGAUGGUGUGGAAGGAUAUCCUGGAGUGAACUCCUGUUUGUUAUCAACCAAAAUAUGUGUCACAAUUUAAGUAGAGUUGUCCUGACACAAGACCUGAAAAGCGUGUUUGACAUGCAACCAAACUGAUGCUAGAAACAAUAAUGACGACUUCUCUGCAACUGUGUGAUUAGUGGAGAUGUCGGACUGAAGUCUUGACUAAAUCAGAGUAAAUGUCUGCUUCAUCCAUAGUGAUUAACUCCAUCUGAAGUUAUCUGCUACCUCAUGUAAACAGUGCCAUAUUAGGUACACAAACAUUAACUAGCUCAAGAUUUGUGCAUUGUUCAGUCUAUACCAAUAGCUCAGUGAUCUUUCUAAAAUGGUACUUUCUUUUUUAAAGUGUUUUGAAAAUGACCCUUAAAUGCUCAAAGUACUCAAGUGUCAAAAUAUUUUAACAUUUUUGUUUCUUUUGUUAAAUUAAACAGCAACAUUUUCCCUCUGCUAUGAGCUGUGUAAAAUGAAAAAAAUAUAUAAAACGUUUUCCUCAGUUUGACUUUAUUUAAAAUGUAUCACACAUAUUACCUUACAUGUGCUAAAAUGUACUUCUAGUUGUGCUGACUAAGAUGUGAAUUCACCUUUGAGCCAAGCAAGUCUCUCUGGAAAGCUAUUUUAUUAAAAAUAUUGUUAC